AUGCGUCAUCAAUAUCAUGAAGACGGUAGUAUGAGAUCAUAUAGACGGAGGUUUGCCGCCUUUCCGCCCGACGGAUCUUCAUUACGUGUUCGACAAAAUCUUAUCAGGCAGAUUGAAUCCGAU